GAGGAGGAGGAGGAGGGUGAGGGUGAGGGAACGGGGAUCCGAGGCUCCAGGAGGGAGGAAGGAGCACGGCGGAGCCCGCUGCCGCGACUCGGCCGGGGCGGCCGGUGACAUCACACGCUGGAGCCGCUGCGGAGGGAGGCGGAAAAUGGCUGCUGCGAGAUUCUUUUUCAGGGAAAUCUUCAUAAAUUAUAAGGAUGAUAAAGAGAGAAGAGAAAAGGAAUGAAGAGAGAAGGUUAAAAAAAACUCUCAGCUGAAAAUUGACCUCAGAAGGAGAAUCCUGGAGGUGAAGCUAUUUCAGAGAAGAGGAAGUAAAAGAAGGCAGUGUCUGUGUGACAGGAAAAUCACUUAAAAAUGAAAAAAUUCACACUGUUUGAUUUUGUUAAUGAUAAUUCACUGCAAAUUGGAGAAACUUCAUGGAUACAGGAUCUUCCCAGUGAUGACAAUGAAUUUGAAAGGCUUCUGAAACCAAAUGAGCAUGUGCUAGUGAACUGGCCUGUGGGAGAAAGAAAGACAGAAAAGCACCUGGUGAAAGUUGUGUGUAUGAGUGAUGACCCCCAAGAGCUGGUGGAAAUGAUGCAGAAGAUAUUACAAGCAGAUGAAAUUACAAAAAUACAAGUCCUUGGAAAGGGCAAGAGGAAAAGGAUAGAAAUGAUAUUCUCAGAAAGUGAAGACAGUGACCUGGAUAAAGAACAGGGGAAGAUAAUGAGGCAUGUAAAAAGAAAGAAAUCAUUACAGGCAUCUGCUCCUGCCAACAUCCUAAGUCAACUUGAAACAUCUUUAAUUAACCAACAGAGAGAAACAUAUUCGGGAAGUAACUUUCUGUACAGUGAAAGUAGCAGUGAUGAUGAAGAGCCUUUAUUUCAACUAUCCAAGGUAGAACUGUGUGCCAAAAUAAAAAGUCUCAAGAGGAAACUGACAGACACCAUGAGAGAAAACUGCCGCCUCAGGCAGUCCCUGGUGAUGCUUCAAGUGUUGCCCCAGGCAGUGACUCAUUUUGAGGAACUGGUAGGGAUGGCUGAAGCACUGCUCAAAGGGGGAGUGACAUCAUCUACGUCCAGUCUGCAUUCACAUGCUGUUUGGAAAGCAUCUAACAACCCAUUACCAGAUUCAUAUGCAGCUAUGCAUAGUAAUUCAAGCUCACCAAUAACUCUGAAUGUGGAAGAUGAGGAGCAACAGUCUGAAAAACAGUUCAAGAUUGAAAAGUGGCAAAUUGCACUUUGUAACAAGAGCAAACCUCAGAAGUUUAUAAAUGAUUUGAUGCAAGCACUUUAUACACAUGAAUACAUGGCUACACACAGCCUGACAGGUGCAAAGUCCUCCUCUUCAAAGGAUAAAGCGGCGAAACCAGCUAUGAAUCAGAAUGAAGUUCAGGAAAUCAUAGGAAUCACAAAACAGUUGUUUCCAAACACAGAUGAUGCCUUAAUUAGGCGAAUGAUGGGACAAAAACUGAACAAUUGCACCAAGAAGCCAAUUUUAAGCAAAGAUCUUAACUCAGGUGCUUUCCAGAAGAAUAGUUUUUGUGGUUCAACAGCUGCUCCUCAGGGCAUCAUCUCUUCAGCUGUGCCUCCCAGCACACAAGACCAGCAGAAUGAUGAUUCACCAGCUGCUAAUGCACAAAUUCAGCAAAGUGACAGCCAUCUGACUCCUUCACCUCCCACCACACAAGGUCAGCAGGAGUGUUUCAAACACACUUCUUGUAAGGUGGAGUCUCAUUGCACCAGAAGCUCACCAGCAUCCUCUCCCAACCAGGAUUGUGAACAGGAUAUCAAGAAUACAGACAAGGAAUAACAGAAGGUAUUUCAUACCAGCUCAAGCAGAAAUUAAGGAGUAGUAUAAAAUGAAAAAGAAAUUAUAUUUAAUGGGCCUAACAACAGUGGACAGAGAUACUGCAAGCAGAAUAGAAGCCUAAGAGCCAUUUUCUCAAAGAAAUGAAAAUCCCACAGCCUAGAAAACAAUGAAGGCAUAUUAAUAUCUUUGGCUUUAAGAUAUUAUUAAAUAUAUGCAUGUUAUGCAGUAAUUCAGUUGGGGGGUUGGACUAGAUGACUUUUAGAGGUCCCUUCCAACCCAAAUUAUUCUCUGAUUCUAUGGUAAUUCAAAAAUAUAACCUUGCUCUGAAGAAUAUAAGAAGAGUUCCCCUUAGUUAGAAAAAAGCCAUUAGUUAAAGUAAUACCAAAAGGAUGUGUAAGAGAAACCUUAAUCCCCUCGCUUUCAACUUGACAGCUGACGGAACAAAGUUUUUUAAGAGAAAGCUAUUGCAUGUUAAUACAAAAAAAA